AUGCCGAGGGGCCCCGCCCGGAGCUCGGCGGCCCGCGACCAGGAGACGCGCCCGGCAUGGGCCCAUGAAUGGUGGCCAUUGUGCUCUUGUGGAGCCACGAGUGCAUGCCUGGCGGCAGAAGCACUAGCCUUGAUCAUCUUCAUCGUGGCUUUCUAUGAGACGGCUGGGCAGAGUGUGGCACAUAAUACAUCCUAUGUGCUGGUGGUGGACGCUGGCAGCACGGGAACUCGAAUGUAUGUGUACAAAUGGACCACAUCGCCCAGCGGUCCUAAUCUGCCCAGCAUUGAGCAAAUCCCGCCAUCGGCUGCACCUGACAAGAUCCCUUUCAGAGCAGGCAAACGGGCCUACAAAAGGGUGGAGACUCUGCCAGGGAUGGACCACUAUGUGGGGGAUUUCGAUGGCCUGAGGCAACAUGCCCUCGCUCCCCUGCUCUCCUGGGCGGAGGCAGUCGUCCCGUCGGCCCAGCGGAGCUCAAGUCCCUUGUUCCUGUUUGGAACGGCAGGCUCAAGGGGGCUUUCCAUGGAGGGGCGGCUGGAGCUUCUGAGGGAGGUGCAGGCGAUCCUUGGCAGUUCGGCCUUCUGGUUCAAGCCAGAGUGGGUUAAGAUCAUCAGCGGGAGUGAGGAAGGGACAUACGGCUGGGUUGCAUUGAAUUAUUUAAAUCAUUAUCUGAGACCUCCUUUGAGGCCAGCGCCCCAGGCGGCUCCAUCUUCAGCUUUAAGUCAUCCUGAGCCCUUGCCCACUUUGGCUGCCCUGGACCUUGGAGGCUCGUCACUGGAAGUCACUUUCGAGGUGCCUUCUUCUGCUGGGCCAGAAGGCGUGGUGCCUCCCAUGGUACUCGCUGGAAACUCGUAUUUCCUGAAAACUGAGGUGUACCACCAUUACGGCCUCAACGACGCCUUUGACGCCUCCGUCACCUGGCUUCUGAGGAGAUCCCAUCACCGCGAAGAGCUGAAGGCCAAGAAGAAAUUUGUGCCACAAGUGAGGCACCCUUGCAUGCAGAGGAACAGCAUACACACCUACCCAAGGAGCAACCCGAAGGAGUCAGACCUGGUCCCAGAAAACGUCGUAUUGUGGGGCUUCCCGGACUGGGAAGAGUGCAAACACGUUGUGCAGGAGAUGUUCAAUCCUGCAGAUGGCUGCUCUGGUGAAGAGUGCACCAAAAGAGGAACCAAUCACCUUGCGGGCCACGUGGCUGCGCUGAACGGCUUCCACGUGGUUUGGAAAUUCUAUAACCUGACUGCUACAGACAGUUUUCUGGAACUGGAGAAGGCAGGGCAGAGUUUCUGCGCAAGGCCGUGGCAGGAAGUGGAGCAGGACCUGGGGGAUGUCGUCGAGUUGAGCAGAUACUGCUUCAGGGCCUCCUACCUGCUGGUCCUCCUGCGGGACAUCCUGGGCAUUCAGCCCGGGCAGAUGCGGGUGGAGUCCGACGAGGUGGCGUGGCCGCUGGGCGCCGCCCUCGUUCAUGCGUACGACCUCCAGAACGAGCGUCCCCCGACCACCGCCUCCAGCCACCCCCUCGUCACCCCUCCCCCCCCGCCCGCCUCCUCCGCUUGGAAAUGGACGGCCCUGCUGCUGCUGUGCAUUUUGGCGUCUGCGCUGGCAGCUGCCGCAUGCAGGUGGUGCCCGGUGGGGCGGGUCCGCUGGUGGCUGCGGCUGGGCGCCAAGCGGCCCUCUGAGGAGGGGGAGUCCCUCAUUAAAGUGAACCAGAGCUCGGAGGGCCUGGCCGUCGUGGACAGGCUGCUGAGCCAGCUGGGGCGCAGGAACGACGCCUGGGCGGGCAGCCCGCGGCCCGUGCACCAGGCGGAGGGCAUCAGGGUGCAGGUGGACGUUGGCGUGGGGCCCUACGGCGCUACUGGGGACAUCAAACGGCGGCCCCAGCCGUUCGCGCAGGGGCAGGCGCCGAGGGGAUGA